AUGGCGCCUCGCUCCCUUGGACACAGACACGAAUGUAUGUUACCUUUGGGGGCUUGGGCAAGAGAAAAGCCGUUAUCAAUACACACCGCCGUGCUUGCUUUUCAGCUUGUCCUCCUGGGUCGACAUGAUCCUUUUGGAUUUACGUCGAACCCAGCGCGCAAAAGCUUUGAGGUCGAAAGUCCUUUUACAUGGUCGGUAAAGAACCGUGAUGUAGGGGGCAAGCGUAGGCUCGGUGUGAGUUGUGAGGUCACCGUGAUACGAUGCGACUCGAGAGACUGGGACGAUGCGAAAAACCACCUGUGCAGGGUGCAUCUGGACAUGAAUAUGCCAUGAGAGGAGCGAUCCAGGCGGGGUUAAGAGAAGGAGGGAGAGAAGGAGAAUAGAGAAAAUGUCUUCCAACUUGAUAGACACAGGUAUCGGUUUCCGUAUGAGCUUGGAGACUUCCAAGCAAUUUGGAGCAUUACCAAUGGAUGAUGGACCCGAUCGCUUGAGAGUUGCCAUUGCAGUAGUGUCCUUUUCGGUUACACAAGGGCCAUACAAUCAUCGAAACACGAAUACAGUGCCGUCUUCUC